UGCAACGUGGAGCAGGUGCGCAUCCUCCGCGGCCUGGGCGCCAUCCAGCCCGGCGUCAACCGCUGCAAGCUGCUCUCCUGCAAGGACUUCGACACGCUGUACCGCGACUGCACCACCGCCAGGUGCUUGACGUCUCACAGAACCCCAGACAGCAGUCGGCCGGGCAGACCGCCGAAGAGGGUGCCGAUGGGCCUGAGCCUGCCCGCCUCUCUGCAGGGCCACCCCCAGCUCAAGAAGCACCGACUGGAGAACGGCGACUUCGCCUCUUUCGAGAACGGACCCAUCGGAGAGAACCGCAUGGAGAAGUCCCCGCUGCUGUCCAACGGCUACAACGCGCCGCCCACACACCUCCACCCCAUGCACCAGUUCUACCACCCCGGCCUGCCGCACCCCGGCUCCGUGCUCAAGGGCCAGUCCACCGCGCCCCUGGAGGCCAUCGCCAGAUCUGGCAUCUGGGAGGAUUGCAGAGCUGCCUACGAGGACAUCGUCAAACACCUGGAAAGGUUGCGGGAGAACAGGGGCGACGCGGACGCGCGGCAGAGCGCCAUGGGCGCCAUGGGCCCGCUCGGCGCGCAGGGCGAGGACUUCGCCAACGGCCACAGCCCCGUGCUCAACCUGUCCAAGGGCACGGCCGGCUCGGCAGCGUCGGCCGCGUCGGCCGGGUCGCGGGCGUCGGCCGGCUCGCCGGGCGCCGACCACUCGGACAGCGAGGCCGGCGCGUCGGACAAGGACGACGACGACGACCUCAACUCGAACGCCGAGGACGACGAGGACGAGCGUGGCAGCGCCCACCAGGACACGAAGCCGCCCCGGAGUUCGCCGGGCUCGUCGCCGCCGCCGCUGCCCACCAACCUGGCCCACCUCACGGUGGGCGUGGGCGUGGCGCCGCUCGCGGGCCUGGGCGCCGGCCUGGGCGCCAGCCUGAGCGCGGGCCUCGCCGCCAAGGCCUCCGUCGGCGGCGACCCCCGACUCACCUCCACCGAGACCAUCCUCCGCAACAUCGAGGGCCUGCUGCAGGUGGCCGCCGACAACGCGCGGCAGCAGGAGCGCCAGAUCAACAUGGAGAAAGCCGAGCUCAAGAUGGACGUGAUGCGGGAGCGCGAGGUCAAAGAGAGCCUGGAGCGCCAGCUGCUGGACGAGACGAGAACCCGAGUGCUCUGCCAGAAGCGCCUCAAGAAGGUCCGACGGGCGUCCCGGCGGCUCCAGGAGCAGCUGGAGCUGGAGAUGAAGAGGCGGUCGCAGCUCGAGGAGGUGCUCCGGACGACGGGGGCCUCCAGCGAGGCGCUACGCAUCCUCACCGAGAUGAAGGCCACCUCCACCGGCUCCUCCAACUCGGAGAUGACGUCGCCGCGGUCGUCGCCCGCCGAGAGGCGCUCCGUCUCGCCCAGCGCGGCCGCCGUGCCGCGGCCCCAGUCACAGCCCCCGCCCAACCGCUCCUUCUGGCAAAACUACUCAGAAAACCUCGCGCAGGAGCUAGAGAACGAGCGGAAGGCUAAGCAGAAGAAGGAGCUACAGCAGAACCAGCCCCAGGAGCAGCACCGGCAGCAGCUCAUGCAGCACGACAGCGAGCCCAUCGCAAUGGACCUCGACAGCAAACCCCUCGUCCAAGACCUGAGGUGGCCCACGGAACACCGAGCCGCCAUCAUCAGUUGAGGAGGCGCCCAGAGCGCCGUCUCCGAACCGAUCUCUCCCCGUUGCAUUCAACAUAGUGUAAUUCGUUAGGAGCGAUUCAAACUUGAUUACUCCGCAAGGUGUCUGAAUCGCGUGUUGCUAGGUGUGGACGCUCUCGUGCGGAGUCUGACUCUGCCACAGUGGCUGCCUGGCGGCAGAUUGUGAAAAAAGUGUAGGCGUUUAGUAGAGACGUUAAUUUCCCCUUUGCCCCCCCUUCCCCCCCUGGUCAAAGGAAACCCCUUGACUUCUCAGGCUGUGCGAACGUUAUACGAAGUGAGUGGAUCAUCGGGACAAGAAGAUGUCAUCUCACCGCCCUCUCGGACACCGCCGGUUGUAAAGUUGAUUUCUCCAAGGCGGUGCGCUCUGCGCGCGCCACGUGAUGGAUCAGUCCCAGACGGUCUGCCGUUGAAGUCCCUGACGGCUCUGAGUGAUGAUGACUGAUGCAGCGCCGGGCUGCGCCGGGGAGCGCGGCACUCUCACAAUAGAGAGGACUGGACCGGCAGAUCAACAUCCAUCGGUUUUGUUCUGGGAUGUUGUGUGAACGGCCUGCCGUGUGUGUGUCUUUUUGUCUUAUUGCUGGGCGUUUUGCCGUGCACGAUAGUAGCUUUUUGUUUUAAGGCUCGACGUCUUCUCAUUUCUUUCGUCAUUGUGAUUUUUUAACUUUUAAAGUUCAUUUGUGUUUGGGCCCGUAAAGCUCUUGUCGCCUUGUUGUUAUUAUUCUCUGUUGUGCUUUAACAAAUUAUAAACGUGUUUCGUCCCUUUUGUUGGAAGUUUUGUGCUGUAAAUUCUUUUCUUUUUGCUCUCUGAGGGUAAAUUGCUUGGAUCGGUAGCAUAUCUUUAUAAAGAUGAUUUUUGUCAUUAUUUGUUUACAAAACAUCAAAAACGGCAGAAUUUUGUGUAUAAACAUGUAUACUACCCUGUGUUCCUCAUUUUCUUUAGUGUUAAAAGACCCCGUUCUCUCUGCCCGUUCGAGACAAAUGUGCAAAAAUGUGGCUGAACUGAAGCAGUCAGUCCGCUGGCAAUGCCUCGGCCAGGACCCUCGUUGGUCCCCUUUUCUUGAUCUCCACCUACCAACUCCUUGAGUUGCAUUGUUCUAGAUUAUGUGACUGUGACAUGUGAAGCCCUUCUUAAGUUAAAGACUUUGUAGGGUUUUGUAUAUAUUCUAGUCAAUUUACAGUUGUAACUUCAAAAAAUUUACCAAUCUUAGUGAACUGUGUUAAACUAUUAUGCAAAUGCUUUCCCC